AAACCCCGUGCGGGCCGAGCUGGGCUCUCUUUCCGGCCUCCGCCAUUCCGAGAGCAGGUUGGUGGGGAGUGUUCGCGUCUCCCUUCGCCGCGUGCUCAUCUGACCGCGCUCCCGUUGCCCGCAGGUGCCAGCCGCGCCAUGCAGAUCUUCGUGAAGACCCUGACCGGGAAAACCAUCACCCUCGAGGUUGAGCCUUCUGAUACUAUAGAAAAUGUGAAGGCCAAGAUCCAGGAUAAGGAAGGAAUUCCUCCUGAUCAGCAACGACUUAUUUUUGCUGGCAAGCAGUUGGAAGAUGGACGCACGCUGUCUGACUACAAUAUUCAAAAGGAAUCGACUCUUCACCUUGUACUGAGACUUCGUGGUGGUGCUAAGAAGAGAAAGAAGAAGUCUUACACUACCCCCAAGAAGAACAAGCAUAAGAGAAAGAAGGUUAAGCUUGCUGUCCUUAAAUAUUACAAGGUGGAUGAGAAUGGUAAAAUCAGUCGCCUGCGCCGAGAGUGCCCCUCUGAGGAAUGCGGGGCUGGAGUUUUUAUGGCCAGUCACUUUGACAGACAUUACUGUGGCAAGUGCUGCCUGACAUACUGCUUCAACAAACCAGAAGACAAGUAAAUGUAUCUGUGUUAAUAAAAAAAAAAAACCAGCCCUCA